AUGGAGGUCUUUUCGCUCCAGAUCGACAAGAAGCUUUGGAACGUCGCAACAAGCGUCUCGAGGGUUCCAUCGUCGUCGCUGCGAUGCGCAUACUUGGCCAGGGCGCAUGCACCGACCAUGGCCUUCCAGAGCCAGAGAUCCUGCGCGGCAGGGUCUCCCACCUCCUGGAUUGCCUCUCGCAGGUCCUGCGCAAGGAAGAGCAUCAUCCUCCUCAGCACGCGGCAUUCUAUCGGCUCACCUGCAUUCCAGAUCCCCAGAAUGCAGUCGAGAUACAGUUCAGAGGUUGUCGCGAUCCCGCCCCACGAGGAGAUGAAUACUUCAUGCCCGUCGUCCUUUUGGCGGCGCGGAAUUGCGUUGACCUGUGAGCUCACGAGCGCAAAGGCCAGCUUCGAAGCUGCGCCGUUGAUCCAGAUCCAGCCUGGGUCGUUGGCCAGCUGCUCAGGGCUGAGCGACGGCAGAGCCGACGCCGAGGCGGUCAGCAUCCUCAGAGAGGUGACGACGGAGGAGGCAUCUACAGAACCGAAGGCGCUUUCGUUCAAGGAUGCCUGGAAGAAGGGGAUGAACAGCAUGGAUUUCAUGAUCAUGUCUAUGCUGCCGAUGCCCUGCCGAGAUCAGCUUGGGGAGGUCUGCCCCCCCGCCCCGUUUGAUGUGGCGGAGGAGCUUUUUGCUGCCCAUGACGCGGCUCUUGAUGCUGUGCAAUAUGCUGCAGGUGCUGUGUUGUUCGCGGUGAGCAGAUUGCGAGUUGCAUCUCCGCAUGCUGGGGGACGGCGCAACUUACUAGAUGAGGUUUCGAUACGCAAGCUGCUCAUUGUGUGA